UGUUAGGCCAAGUCAAAAAGACAUGGAUGAAUUUUCGGUCGAUCCUUGCUCAUUUAGUUUCCAUUGUUCCAUUAAAUGGAUUACCGUUAAAAAAACGUAAACGAAUUUAUCCUAUAGCCCCGACAACAUUCAAUGUUUCCAAUGAAGUAGACAAUUGGAAUAAUGCAUUGAUUUAUGACCUUCCGUUUGCACAAUAUUCCCAAGCUACUCGCAAAUCUCGAUUAAAAGCCACACUUAAAUCCCCAUUAAUGAAAAAUUCUUUAUUGGCAGAGCUUUUUGGAGUUAUCAAUUUACCUUCUUAUGAUGAUACUUUCAUGGAAAUUUCACCAAUCACACAUUCGGAAAUUACAAAU